UACAAACUACCUACCGGCAAAGCCAAGCUGCGGGGAGCUGCCGUUUUGUGCGCUCCUGUCGACCAGCAGAGGUAACUCAGCAAUCCUUGAGGACAGACAACAUGGUUAUUCUGCUGGCGUUUCUGCUGCUGAUGUUCUAUGGAGCUGCCAACAUCCAUUGCGCAGCGGUCAGUCACGGAAACAGAACAGACAUGCUCGCGUUGCUCGAUUUCAAAGCGGCUACCAACGACCCAACAGGUGCCCUAAGAUCUUGGGACAGACGCGUCCACUACUGCAACUGGACGGGCGUCGCAUGUAGCCAAGAGAAUCCAGGGCGCGUCGGUGGGCUGCACCUCGGGGGCGAAAGCUUGUCAGGCGAGAUCACCCCCUCACUUGGGAACUUAACGUACCUUCAGGACCUCAACUUGUCCUCCAAUGGCUUCUCCGGCCAGUUACCAUCUCUGAACCAGCUCCAUGAGCUCCUCAUCCUCGACCUCAGCUCCAAUUCAUUCCACGGGAUAAUUCCCGACUCAAUCACAAAUUGUUCAAACCUAAAGGCGAUGGAUCUUUCAAGAAACAUGCUAGAAGGCCCAAUCCCCACAAAAAUUGGUUCGCUCUACAAUCUAAUUGGUAUAGAUCUUUCUAUGAAUAAUCUCACCGGUGUCAUCCCGCCAAGCAUCAGCAACGCCACCCACCUUCAAAUGAUCAUUCUUCAAGAAAAUGAACUACAGGGGGGCAUUCCUGAUGUGUUUGGGCAAUGGUCCAACAUGAUCGGCUUUGUCGUAGGUAAAAAUAGGCUCUCAGGUCGAAUACCACCAUCAAUAUUUAAUUUGACUUCUCUCCAAUAUCUAGGCCUGUAUGUUAAUAAGCUGCAAGGGGAAUUGCCGCAUGACAUUGGCAAUACCCUCCCUGAAAUUAUACUUUUUUCGCUGGGCGAGAACAUGCUUCAUGGUCACAUCCCAGCUUCGCUAGGCAACGCUUCACGGCUACAACUCAUGGAUUUAUCAGAUAACAGCUUCGUUGGAGAAAUUCCUAUUUUCGGAAAGCUACCAAACCUUGAGAACUUAAACCUUGGAUAUAAUAUGCUUGAAUCAAGUGAAAGCCAAAGAUGGGAAUCCUUGUAUGGACUAACAAACUGUAGUAAUCUAUAUGCGCUCACAUUAGAUAAUAAUCAGCUGCAAGGAGCCAUACCGGAUUUGGUCGGUAAGUUGUCCACUAAACUCACACGUCUACACAUGAAUGGAAACAAUCUAUCAGGAAUAGUUCCUUUAAGCCUAGCAAACCGUAGUAGCAUAAUCGAUUUGGAUCUUAGCAACAACAGCUUAACUGGUAAAAUUGAAGGAUGGUUAGGGAGUCUAAUAAACUUACAAUAUUUAGAUCUUCAUGGAAACAAUUUCGCCGGGUCCAUUCCACCAUCUUUUGGCAACCUUUCAGAACUGACAAUACUUUCUCUAGCACAAAAUGAAUUUGAAGGUCCCAUACCUCCCACAUUGGGAAAACUUUCACAACUCUCAAGGCUGGACCUUAGCUAUAAUAAUCUGCAAGGUGAGAUACCUCCAGAAAUUAGUGAGCUUAAACAACUCAUUUCACUAUAUCUAUCUUCUAGCAGACUUUCGGGAAAAAUUCCCGAUGAUCUGGGCAAGUGUCAGGGCCUCAUAACCAUCCAAAUGGACCACAAUAAUCUCACCGGUGUCAUUCCAACCUCUUUAGGCAACCUUUUGAGCUUGGACAUGCUCAACCUGUCCUAUAAUGAUUUGUGAGGUGUCAUCCCAACAGUACUGAGUGAUCUUCAACUUCUUAGUAAGUUAGACCUAUCUUAUAAUCGUCUCCGAGGAGCAAUCCCAAGAAAUGGAGUGUUUGAGCACCCCGCAAACGUUUCCCUUGAUGGCAACUCGGGACUUUGCGGACAAGCAACCGGUUUCCAUGUCCCCUCAUGCCCAGAUGCCUCGCCGAGAACAGGAAGACACUAUCGUUUGAUUACGGUGUUGAUCACAAUAAUUGGUUUCCUGUCAUUGGCACUGUUGACUUGCUUUAUAAUCCAUGAGAAGAUACCACAGGCAACAUUUUCGUUGCUGCCUUCUGUCGGGGAGAAAUUCCCUAGAGUUUCUUACUGGGAUCUAGCUCGAGCGACAAGCAACUUCUCUGAGAUUAACUUGAUUGGCGAAGGAAGUUACAGCUCAGUGUACAAAGGAAAGUUGAAACAAGUUAAAACAGAAAUAGCAAUCAAGAUACUUGACCUUGAGAUUCCGGGUGCCGAAGGAAGUUUUGCAUUAGAAUGCAAAGCAUUGAGAGGCAUUCGUCAUAGAAACAUUGUUCCCCUCAUAACUGAAUGCUCCGCAAUCGACAACAAAGGCAAUGCUUUCAGAGCUAUCAUCUAUGCUUUCAUGCCCAAUGGAAACUUGGACACUUGGUUGCAUCAUCAAGGGAAUCAGGCAACUGGAAGGCAUUUAGGCUUGGCUCAAAGAAUAAGCAUCGUUACUAACAUAGCCGACGCAUUGGACUAUUUGCACCAUUAUAGUGGGAGGCCCAUCAUCCAUUGUGAUUUGAAGCCGAGUAACAUACUCCUAGACAUUCAUAUGAAUGCUUGUCUAGGAGAUUUUGGCAUCGCGAGGUUCUACAUUGAUUCUAAACUGAGAACAGUCGGUGAUUCAAGUUCAAUUACUGUGAACGGAACUCUCGGAUACAUGGCUCCAGGUAUAGUUGUUUGACAAAUGAUUAGUUUUUCUAAGUGUUUUGCAUAUAAUUAUUUACCGCUUCCAUGAUUACUGAUUUGGUCUCUGUUUUUAGAGUAUGCUGAAAACGGUCACGCAUCUACUUGUGGGGACGUAUAUAGUUUUGGAAUAGUACUUUUGGAGAUGCUGACAGGAAAAAGACCAACGGAUGAUAUGUUCAGGAAUGAACUCACCAUUGUCAGAUUUGUGGAAAUGAAUUUUCCUGAUCACACAUUAAAUUUUCUGGAUUGUCGUCUGGUAAAUGAUUGCAAUGGUACCAUCGACCAAAUAGCAGCAGGAACGGAAAACCUGCCAAUUUUUCAGUCCUUGUUAUCUUUGCUACGAGUAGCACUUCUUUGUACACGCCAAUCCCCAACUGAACGGCUUAACAUGAGAGAAGUAGCUACCCAAAUGCGCAAAAUCAAUAUGGUGAACACGGGAGGGAGAGUUGAGAGCUCAACUUCUUUUAGGAGACUUGUCAGCUGGGCUUCUCAAAGGAGCUAAAGAAGAAAUGGAGGUGCAAUUUAGAGUCUGUUGAUAAAAUGAUCCCUGCUAAGAAUGUAAUGUAAUACACUUUAUACUCCAGCUUGCAUGUCCUUUUUGGAUUAAUAUCAUAUUCUGGUUCCAGCAAUCA